CCAAAGUCCCAAUUCCCAAAUCGAAGAUAAGGUUCUGGAGGGUCGUCGUUUUGAACCAAAAGUCCAAAACUGGAGGCUUUUUGCUCCGGUCUCUUUCUCUCAAUCUCUCUGCCUCUCUCUGCGGUCCGGCCACACUAUUCUCAACGGCUCAAGUACUCAGCCUCUCUCUGACUGUCUUAGUCGCCUGUGACGCCGUAACAACGAAUUUCUGUCAUCACUCUUGGUUUGCUUCUUUGACUCCUCCUCAAGCUAUCAAGCCACUCAAGCAGCAAAGCAGAGGACAAUCUUGGUUCGAUUUCUGGGUUCUUCAAGCUCGGGCAAUGGCGGGUACUACAUCUUCCUCGGCAUCUAAUGCAAUGUCGGAGAUGGAUAGAUCAUUGAAGCGUGGUUCGGGUGAUAUUGGAUGGGAAUAUGCGGAGUUGGCGGAUGCUUCAAACUUGGAUAGUUUGAAGUGUAAGUUGUGUGGGAAAUUAGUGAGUGGUGGGAUAUAUCGAAUGAAGCAACAUAUUGCCCACAUCAAGGGAAAUGUGGCUCCUUGUAAAAAGUCUUCGGAUGAGGAUAAAGCCAAAUGCAAGAAUGCUAUUGAAGAGGCAAAGUCUAAGAAGAAACAAAAGAGUAGACAUGAAGCAGAAGUGAGGCAAGAAGUCAUUCUUGAAGGAGAUGAAGACAAUGAAGCGAGUCAAGGGACAAGAAGAAUGCUGCAUACUCUUGAGCCAAUGGAUCGUUUUGCAUCCCCCAUCAAUCCGUAUUCUUCAUUGGAUGAAAGUAGGAAGAUGAGGCAACAAAAUAUCAAUGAUGCACUUUUCAAGCAAAGAACACAUAGUGUGCAUCAAUACUUGGCUAGAUGGGUGCAUGAAGCCGGGAUUCCUUUUCAUGCCAUUGAUAGUGAUAGCUUCAAGAAGUUUGUUGAAGCGGUUGGUCAAUUUGACCUGGGUUACCGACCUCCAAGCCAAUACCAAUUAAGGGAGCCAUUAUUGAAGGAAGAGGUAGAGAGAACUAAAAGUUCAUUGAAGAAGCAAGAAGAAGAGUGGGCUUUGAAUGGUUGCUCUAUUAUGACCGAUCCUUUGAGUGCUUCUUUUUGGAAUGGGGUAAGUCUUUGUUUUAAGGUGUUUACCCCUUUAGUCAAGGUGCUUCGCCUUGUUGAUGGGGAUAGAAAGCCAUCAAUGGGCUUUGUGUAUGGAGAACUACUUAGAGCCAAAGAGGAGAUUAAAAUGGCAUUCAAAGAUCAAGAAGCUCACUAUCGUCCAAUCCUUGACAUUGUUGAUGAAAAAGCCCGUGAUCGACUUGAUAGUCCAUUGCAUUUUGCGGGCUACCUCUUGAACCCUUACUACACAUAUGUCAAUCCAAGCAUUGAGAAUGAUAAUGCGGUCAUGGAUGAGUUCUUCACUUUUGUUGAGGUAUUCUUUCCCGAUGACAUUCAAACUCAAAGUUUGGUGAUAAAUGUAGAAUUGCACAAGUAUUUGAAGAAAGAGGUGGAUUUGGAAGAGUUUUGGCUAAGGCGGGAUGCGCACAAAAUGAUGACAAUUAUAAUCCGGUUUUGUGGUGGAAUAUUUAUGGAAACCUUGUACCAAAAUUGCAAAGUAUGGCUAAAAGGAUACUUUCAUUGACCACAAGCUCAUCCGGAUGUGAGAGAAAUUGGAGUGCUUUUGAGGGGAUAAGUACUUAUUUAGUUAUGCAUUUUUGUAAGUUUAUAAGCAAGUAGUAAUGUAGUUUACUAAUUAUUUACAAACUCAUAAUAUACUAAUUUUUUUUGUCUUUAUGUAGAUCCAUACAAAGAAAAGGAAUAGACUAGAUACAACGAGGUUAAACAAUUUAGUCUAUGUCCAAUUCAAUGCCAAGAUCAUCAAAAAGAAGAGAAGAAUGAAAGAGAAGAAUGUGGAUGUAUUACUUGCUGGUGAAGCUACUAUGGCCCAAGGAUGGAUUGUGGAUUGUGGUGAUGAAGAUGUUGAGUCUGAUCUUACUAGUGAAGUAGUUGGAGAGGGAUCGGGAUUGGGAGUGGAGAGUAGCUUAGAGCCUAGGAGAAGUUGUAGACUUUAAGAAAUUAGAGAACUUCAUGAGGAGGAUUUUGUAUCGGAUGAAGAGGAAGAAUAUGAGAUGGAUUUUGAGUUUGAGUCCGAUGAGGAGGGAGUACUAGAGGGAUAU